AUGCUUUCUCCUUCCUCUCCAUCAUUUCCUCCACUCUCCGACUCCGAGAAAUCCGCAUCUUCUCCAGAUGCCUCACCACCAACCUACCCCGACGGCGGCCUCCAAGCCUGGCUAGUGGUCCUCGGCGCCUUCUGCGGUCUGACGGCCUCAGUUGGUCUCUACAAUAGCACUGGUGUCCUGAGCAUCUUACUCUCCUCUUCCAUUUUGACCACUACAUCUGCAUCAUCGCUAGGCUGGAUAUUUUCCAUCUAUGCGUUUGUGGUUUGGAGUGUGGGUGUUUGGGUAGGCCCUUGUUUUGACGUUUUUGGACCUAGGGUGUUGUUACUUGCAGGGGCGGUUUGCACGAUGCUGGGGAUGAUGGGAUUGAGUUUUUGUGAUGAAUACUACCAGGUCUUCUUGGCUUUUUCCCUCCUCACUGGUCUGGGAUCGAGUUUGUUGCUUACACCUUCCAUGGCUUGUGUAGCUCAUUGGUUCAACACCCGCCGCGGCCUCGCCAGUGGUAUUGCAUGGACGGGCGGUGGAGUGGGCGGUAUAGUCUUUCCUCUACUCGUUCAAGCCUUAUUGCCAUCUCUGGGCUGGAAAUGGUGUAUCAGGAUCCUAGGCUUUGUAUUACUUGUUCUUUGCGCCAUCUGCAUCUGUUUCUGUCGCAGCAGGAUCGAGCCCCCGAAACCAAAAGACGGAGUAUCGACUUGGAGGCAAACUCUCCCUGAUUACCGUAUCUUUGCCGAUGGGACUGGAGCAAUGGCAAUCACGACUGCCGGAACACUGUUUACGGACUUGGCUUAUUUCAUCCCCAUCACUUAUUUACCUGCAUACUAUCUUUCUCGCCAACACAUGGAUGAUCAGGAAGCUGGAGUCACUGGAGCAGCAGGAUUCGGCUAUCAGCUUCUGGCUAUCUUGAACGCUGCAUCUUGUUUCGGACGCUUGACUUCUGGAUCUUUGGGUGAUAGGUUUGGGCAUUGCAACACCAUGAUUGCCUCACUGUUCUUCUGUGCAGUAUCGGUUGCAGCACUCUGGAUCCCUGAUAUUGUGUCUCAAAACCUAUCAUCUCCGGCUUUACUCAUUGUCUUUGUGGUUCUCUUUGGCUUUGUGAGCGGCAGCAAUGUUUCUCUUACGCCGAUCUGUUUAGGUCAGUUGUGUGAGAUUGAGAGCUAUGGCAGGUAUUAUGCUAGUUGCUAUACGGUUGUUGCGUUUGGGGUGUUGGUUAGUUUGCCUGCUGCUGGUGGUAUUCUAGAUGCUUGUGGGGAUGAUGAUGAUGCAGACGGAAAAAGGAGGUAUUGGGGUGUGGGUGUGUUUACGGGUUUGUGUUAUAUUGCUGCUUUGGCUUGUUUUGUUUGGGUGAGGGUGAAAGUCAAGGGGUGGAAUUGGUCGAAGUGGUAG